UACGUCUUUUUUAUUUCGUCGAGGAGGAUCGACGAAGGACGCUUGUUCGACGUCGAUCAAUUCGUUCGUUUUGAUUGGUCAAAUUACAGACGUAUUACUUACGUCGCACAUACAUACUACUUACAUAGGAAAAAAACUUUGUUCUCUUUUAGUGCAUUAUAAUGCAUCUCACAACGAUUAAACGAUAGAAAACGUGUCAGUGUAAUAAUGGGAUUUAAUCUUUGUACGGAUGAGUCCCAUAGAAGAAGGACCUUGACCUGAGGAUCGUAGUGAAUGGUGGACGCCGGCCUGUUUGGCCCAUGGGGCCGGAUUAUAUUGAUCGCCAUUAUUGCAACAGUUGUUCUCUUUGUUUUACUUAUUGCCGCCUGCUUUUUAACACCUGGAUGUAUCGGUUACGAGUGUACAAGAAGAUGUAAAAAAAAAUCAACGAAAGUUCCUUCACGAAGCGGAGGACAAACUAAUGAGAACGUAAAAUUAAACGGUGUAAGUUACAGAUCAUGGAGAUUGGGUAGUCUUUACGAAAAUGAUAACAAUGGAACGAUCAGUGAAAACGUUGAAUUUCAAACUAAUUCGGUCAAUUCAAUGUCUGGCCAAUUUGAGAGCAUCGAAACUUCUUCAAUGGUGAACCUUAUUCAGAUAGAAAAACGAAAGAGUGAUAAAAAAGAGAAAAUAUUUCCUACGGAAUUGACUUUGAGUUUACAAUAUUUGCCUCCUUGCGAUGAUAUUACAGGAAAGUUCGUUGUUGGUAUCGAGGCGGUAUCCAGUCUUCCACCGAAACAAUACAAUUGCACGAUCGAGCCUUACGUAGCUUUAAAUAUUGUGAAGCAAUCGUGGAGUCACAGGAAGCAAAUGAAAUUGCACAGUUUCAGAACAAGGGGCAUCAGACAUACGGCUAAUCCGAUUUACAGGGAAACUUUUGUGGUGGCCAAUGCUAAACCGUACGAAGUUAAGGAAUGGAUUUUAGAUAUUAUAGCAUACGAUCACGAUAGGUACGCCAAUCACACUGAAUUGUGUUCAUUAAAAAUGGCAGUCAAGGAUGUUAAAAUAAUAUUUAAAAGUCCUGAAAAACAUGUGUUCAAUUAUAGAAUGAAACCGUCCUGUCAGGAAUUUGGAAAAAUUUUAUUAGGUGUAAGCUAUUUGCCUACGGCGCAGAGGUUGACAAUUAACAUAAUGGAACUACGGAACAUUAAAGCACUCAAAUUUGUACCGAGUUUAAAUGAAUUCUAUCCAUAUGUAAGAGUAUUGAUGUUGAAUGGAAAGACGGGGAAGAAAUUGAAGAAGAGGAAAACGAGAACGCUACACGCUGUUGCUCAACCGGAAUUCAAUGAAACGUUGACUUUCGAUGUGGCAUAUGAUCAAUUGGAUUCCGUACAAUUUUUAAUUGUUUUAUGCAGCAGGGUUUCGCUGAAAAAUGAACCAACGAGUAAUAACGAGAAUCCGAGCGACAGCGAGGACUCUUCGGUAAAUUCAUAUAAAAAGACCGAUGAUAUAUUUAUUGGUAAGGUUGCGCUUGGAAAAGGAGUUAGGGGUUCUAUUGAAAGAUUACAUUGGUUUUUGAUUUUACAAAGUCCGAGAAAACUAGUCAAUAUUUGGCACACUUUGAAAUAAAGGAGUUAUUGUUAUUAAUUUUUAAGGAAGAGAGAUAUAUCAUUAACAGUUAAACAAUAUUUUAUAUAUAUAUUGUUUAGCAUAAUUUAUUAUUAGUUUUAUAAAAGAACACGUAUUUAUACUUUGUAUAUAGGUACGUAUUUGUCAAUAUCCAAAGAUUAAAAUAAAAGUCGCACAUUGACUAAA